GACGACGUUUAUGACGGUGUUUAUACUAUAUAGCUACACACUUAUACCUAUGUAUAUACAUACGUAUAUGUGAUAUUCACAACAGAUAAGCAAUACUCGACGGCAAUUAAUUGGGGAAAAAAAUUUAAAAAUAGCUGGAAAAUUAAAUUCGACUAUAAUGCAAUCAUGAUCCUUGACAUAAGUAAUUCAAGUAGGUAUUAAAUUCCACGAAAAAACCGUUAAUUUUUUUGGUCGGGAAUAGGUUUUGGUCAUAAAACUGGGAUUGAAAAUAUGUGGUAACCGCUUUAAUGUUAAUAUUUAGAUAUUUACCUUGACUACCGAUAACCAAUAACCGCUUCCAGCGUUCCAAAACUAAAAGCGGUUAUCGGUUUUUGGUUCUCAAAUUUACGGUUUUUUACCGGUUUUAAGCACUGUUAUAAUAUUAUCAUUCCAAAAUGCUGUCUGGGAAAUAUCGUAUCUUAUACUACGACAGAGUAUACAAAACGAUAAAUGUUUAUGAGGUGUACAGCAGUAUAAUAGGUAAAUGUACCUAGAUAUAUUAUAUAUUGCACUUACAUAAUAUUCUGAGUGUUCAAGACUCAAGUUCCUGCAUCUAUAUCGUCCUGGAAAGCUAUGGAAAUGAUACUAUUAGUAUAUAUACCUAAAUUACAUUAAAAAUAGUAAUUUAUUAAAAUAUCAAUAUUAAUGCAAGUUUUUGUAUUCUAAACAGUUUGCAGUGUUGCGUCGAAUAACACAUUAGCCACCAUUGAUCUUCUCAUUCCCUCGUGUAUACCAUGCUGGAAAAUAAGUAACGCUAAUUCCAUGGCCUAUUUCCGAACUGACUUUUCUUACAUUCAACCGGCAAUCCAAUUAAUUGAAUCGUAUGUCACAUGGUUGAAUAUUACCAAAGAAAUUACAUUCGUAUUCACUAACCAACAAGGUAAAUAUUUUAUUUUUAAUAGAUUUUCUAUAAUAUUAAACAAAAUUCGUGUACUCAGACGCAGAUCAAGCCGUAACCUAUUUGACUUCAGGAAAAUCAUCUUUAAGAGCUAUUGUCUUGAGUCGUCUAACAUCGAAUGAAAUUGAUCAACUUAAGAAUACAAAAAUUGGUAUUAGACACGUAGCUCUAAUAGGAAAUAAUUUGGACCAAUAUGUGCAAACAGUUAGUGCAACAAUAAAUUUAAACAGUCGUGUGCAGUGUGCUCGUGUACCCUAUAUACCUAUAAUGUAAAAAACAACUUUUUUUAUAUCAGAUAAAUCAAGAAAAAUUAAUAAAACUGGAUGAAUCGUGGAUAAUUGUUACAAACGAUACGACCAAACUAAAACUUGAUUCGGCAGUAACGCUCAUGAAGUUCACGUCAUGGGAAAAUGGAUAUACAAAUAAAAUGACGCGUGCUAAAACAUUAUUUAACUUCAUUUUCUACUUUCUUGACCGUGUAUCGCGAGAUCGUCCAAAACUUAGUUGUGACUUGAUUUCUGAUGUUUUAGUAUUAGAAAAACGAAAGGAAAUCGAAAAUUUACUCAACUCGUACGAAAAUAAAAAUGAAUUUCAAUACGACAUCGACACCAACCUGAUGACGUACAACGAACGAGCAAUGAUACUCAAAGUCAGUCCACAUGGUGUACCUAACCAAUUGGGUACGUGGACCUUAAAUGGAGGUUUAGAAAUGAAAUACGAUGCUUCGACAGUAGUCAACGGCCGCCGAUUCUUCAGAGUUGGGACCGCAAAGGUUAGCUUGCAUUUUAUUAGUGGUUCAGCAUAUUAUCAUGAUAUUAUUAUUGUAAUCGUAAGUCUGACGAGCUCUGUUUUUUUUACCCAAAGUCUAUUCCUUGGACGUUCAUGGAAGACGUGUGGAAAGGUUAUUGUAUCGAUCUAAUCGAAAAACUGUCAAAAGAAAUGAAUUUCAAAUACGAACUAGUCGUUAAAGACAAAUUUGGUUCACUCGAUCCAGUGACGAAUCAAUGGAACGGGCUCAUCGGUGGACUUGUGGAAGGAGAACUAGAUAUUGUGAUAGCUGCACUCACCAUGACAUCGGAACGGGAAGAAGUUAUAGAUUUCAUUGCCCCGUACUUUGAACAAACGGGAAUAUCGAUAGUGAUCAGGAAACCGUCCAGAAAAACUUCACUGUUCAAGUUUAUGACCGUACUGAAACCCGAAGUUUGGCUCAGUAUCGUAGCUGCUCUGGCCAUGACCGCGGUCAUGAUCUGGGUACUGGACAAAUAUUCACCUUACAGUGCACAGAACAACAAAACAAAAUACGAACAGUUCAGACAUUUCACACUCGUCGAGAGCUUUUGGUUCGCCUUGACGUCAUUUACUCCACAAGGAGGAGGAGAAACGCCAAAGGCGAUCAGCGGUCGCGUAUUGGUGGCCGCGUAUUGGGUUUUCGUGGUCCUCAUGUUGGCCACGUUCACAGCAAAUUUGGCAGCAUUUCUGACGGUGGAACGGAUGCAAACACCGGUGCAGUCCUUGCAACAAUUAGCUCGACAGUCGAGAAUCAAUUAUUCGGUGAUUGACGGUAGCGACGCCCAUCAUUUCUUUCGCAACAUGAAAAUGGCAGAAGACAUUUUAUACAAUGUGUGGAAAGAGAUAGCAUUAAAUCAAACGAACAAUCGAAAAGAUUUUCGAGUUUGGGAUUAUCCAAUCAAAGAAGAAUAUGGACAAAUAUUAGCGGCAAUAGAAAGAACUGGAACCGUUCCGAACAGAUCCGUCGGAUAUCAAAUGGUAUUGGACAACGAGCAAGGUGAAUUCGCUCUGAUUCACGAUUCGUCGGAUAUUGAGUAUGAGGUUUAUAAUAAUUGUAACCUGACCGAGGUGGGUGAAAUAUUUGCGGAAAGGCCAUAUUCGAUUGCUGUCCAGCAAGGAAGUCUCAUACAAGAGGAAAUUAGUAGAAAGAUAUUGGAUUUACAAAAAGAUAGAUUUUUCGAACUGUUGAACGCCAAAUAUUGGAAUGCUUCCAAAGUGAGCAUGUGCCCGAAUGCCGAUGAUAGCGAAGGCAUCACAUUAGAGAGUUUAGGAGGCGUUUUCAUAGCUACAUUAGUUGGCUUGUUGAUAGCGUUGAUUACACUUGCUUUUGAAGUCGUCUAUUUUAAACACAAACGAGCCAAGGUAGCUGAAGUUAGUGUUGUUAAUAACACCGUUCAUAAGGAUAAACUGAUGUACGGUCACGAGUUAUUCAUGACACUAGGCAGGAAUUCAAAUUUAGAUGAUCAAACACGUUGGGCAAACAAGAUCAAGCUAGAUUCAACUACAGGCCGGCUAAACAACGCACUAUUCUUUCGUAGAAACAAAUUUCAAAAUUAGAACUUCAGUUGUUUGAUAUAAUGUUUUAUAAUAUUUAUAAAUAUAGUAUGGAUAAAAAAUGA